GCUGGAUGGGAGCAGGCCUCCCUUUGCCCUGACCCAGCUCCUCUCUGGCAGGGAGACGCUGGCACAGCCAAGCCCAGCCAGGAUCUUGGGGGUGGCUUCCCACUGGCCCCCUCCUUCAACAUCCUUGGCUUUUGGUACACACAGCUGUCCCUCUGCAAACAAGCGGGUCAAUUAUUAAUAAAACCCUGGAAACGAAUCCCAGCAGAUGGGGUGAGUCAGACGUGCCCAGGAGCGCCGUGGUUUUCCAGUCGGGGCGAGGAAGAUGGCAAGGGGUCGGCUGAUGGAGGAGGUGCCACGCACCUGGCUGGGGAGCAAAGGUCCCUGAAGGGGCGAAGGGGCCACGGAGAAAUCAGGCACGUGGAAACACCUCUCCGUUUAGCAGACCAAGUCUGGAGGACACCGACAUGGAUGGAGAAGAGCUAAAUCGGAGGCCGGCUCCAGAUCACAGAAGCAAAGCUGGAAGUGAAGAAGAGGCCCAUCCUUCUCCAGGAGAUGCAACAUCUGCUAGAUUCACAGGGGCGCAGAAGACCCCAUCCAAGCCCAACCAACAAGCAGGCUCAGAUCGCCUCCCGGGUACUGGAGCAACCAAUCCAGGCUUCGCAGAAGAACCCCCACCCUAUUUUCCACUGGACGCUAAAGAUGUUCACUUGUAUUUACCAUUCCAAGCCAACAUUUCACAACCGAAUCACAUCUUUUACCAGCCAACACCUCUACCGCCGGCCCUAAGUCAGCCGCCAAAUGUGCUUCCCGGCCCCCAUCCUUUCACCACUUACCACAGUUCCUGGCCUGGUGAGGGUCCCCCAGGUGGUAACCAGAGGUCGCUACCCAAAGAUUAUAUGGUGGAAUCCAUGCUGGUGACAAUUUUCUGCUGCUUGUUCACAGGACUGGUUGCCGUCAUCUAUUCCCAUGAGACACGAAUCGCUUUGAACCGAGGUGACCUCGUCCAGGCCACAACGGCUUCUCAGAGAGCUCGCUCGCUCGUCUUGUUCAGCCUCUCCUUUGGAGUCUUUGUGUCCAUCAGUUGGAUUAUCUACGUUGUGGUGACCCUCUAUCUGUGACAAAGGGGGUCAGGAUUGGCCUUUUGGUUUCCUACAAAGACUGCUUGGAGUUGUGAUAUGGAACCUUCAUCAUUGUCAGCUGGUGUGCCACUUUGGGAUCAAUUUCUCAUGCUGGCACUUUCUUAUGACUCUUCUGCAAGACCAACCACAUCAACAACCUUCAGGACAAAAUGAUUGCCCUAAAAGUGACAAGACCCCCAAUCUUAGUGCAAAGCACUGGUAUCUUCUUUCUGAACUUACUAAGGAAGACUUAAUUACUGUUUCACUGGUCUUUAAUCAUUCAAGGAACAUAUGAACAGUCUGGUCUAAUGAUAUUUGGGUGGUGAUCCGUGUUGGAGAGGUGGAGGUAGAGGCACUCAGCACAGAUUUUGCUUGUCCGUUGAAAUGCUCAUAUAGUUUGGGCAUGUCAUGCAAGACUAGAAAAAGCAACUAUUCUUGGCAAGGUGGAGGGAAGCAGAAGACAAUGAGAUAGAUGGAUGAGAUCAAAGAAAUUACAGGAUUGUCCUUGGAAGAGCUAUACGUUAUUCCUGGAGACAGGUCGAGAGGGUGAACAUUUGUCCAUGCAGUCCCCAGGCAUUGAGAUCAAAUCAGUGGCACUUAACUGUUAGACAUCAGAAAUUCCAUACCAACUUCCAUGUAGGAUGCUGAUUUAGGAAAAACAAAUGUUGGAAGGACUUUUGCUCAUCCAUAUCCAUAAUUUGACCACUGACUUAUAAUAGGGGUCAGCAGCUGAUGUCCAUUGGGCCAAAAUACCUCCUUGUAUAGGUAGAAAGAAAGAAGGUUGAAUAGACAGACAGACAGACAGAUGAGAGGGGAUAAAUAGAUAGUUAUAGAUGAGCAGCAAUGGAUGGACGGAUGGAGACCAAUAGAUAGAUAGAUAGAAAGAAGAGGGGAUGGAUGGAUGGAUGGAUGGAUGGAUGGACAGAUAAGGGGAUGAAUGAAUGGAUAGUUAGUUAUAGAUGAGAGGUGGAUGGAUGGAGGUAGAUAGAUAGAAGAGGGAAUGGAUAGAUGGACAGAAAAAUGAGAGGGAUGAAUGAAUGGAUAAUUAGAUGAGAGGGGAUGGAUGGAUGGAUGGAUGGAUGUAGAUAGAUAGAUAGAUAGAUAGAUAGAUAGAUAGAUAGAAGAGAGGGAGGGAGGGAGAUAGAAAGGAAGGAAGGAAGGAAGGAAGAAGAGGAAUGGAUGGAUGGAUGGACAGAUAGGGGGAUGGAUGGAUGGAUGGAUGAAUAGGCCUUCUAACAGAUGGGCAUACCUGAUACUGUGCAAUGUUAGAGUUGCCAACUGAUAAAAAAUAUAACCAUCUGGUACAUUCUUCUGACAACCAGCAUGUCCAAUUUUGUAAACAACUGGUUGCAGAUUUCAGCAUCUGGCUGUUCCAAGUAGAAUGAGGGGCUAUUGCUGAAACGCUAUUGUCCUUCCUGGCUGUAACAUAGACCUUUCUUCACUGAAAGUCUGUGGUCCACCCUUGGAAGUGUCAAUGGGAUCAGUCUUCUGUAUGGCAAUCCCAACAGUGCCCAAACUUUUGAGAAAUGGCAAGGGCAAAAAAUGAAUUUAUUUUAGGGAGGUGUUCCUCAACCUGAUUUUAAACACUUGUAUUCAUCCUGGAACAUGUGGGAAUAUGUUUGCAUUUUUACUUCAUUGGUUUAAUUUUGAAAACCUUAUUACCUUCGAUGAUGACAGGAAAAAGAAUGAUCUUUUAUGAUGAUAUGAAUUCUAAUAAAAUGAUGACUAAAGCCAAAAUU